GCCGGCUCGGCUCAACGUGGGGGGGCGGGGCGGGGCGCGGAGCGCGCAUGCGCCACAGCGCCAGCGCUCUCCCCGGAUAGAGCGGGGCCCGAGCCUCUCCGCUCUGGAGGUUCCGCUCUUGCUCGCGCUUCCCCGCUGCCAUGUCGGCCACCAUCGAGCGGGAGUUCGAGGAACUGGAUGCUCAGUGUCGCUGGCAGCCGUUAUACUUGGAAAUUCGAAAUGAGUCCCAUGACUAUCCUCAUAGAGUGGCCAAGUUUCCAGAAAACCGAAAUCGAAACAGAUACAGAGAUGUAAGCCCAUAUGAUCACAGUCGUGUUAAACUACAGAGUACUGAAAAUGAUUACAUUAACGCCAGCUUAGUUGACGUGGAAGAGGCACAAAGAAGCUACAUCCUAACACAGGGGCCACUUCCUAACACAUGUUGCCACUUCUGGCUCAUGGUGUGGCAGCAAAAGACCAAAGCAGUUGUCAUGUUAAACCGAACUGUAGAGAAAGAAUCGGUUAAAUGUGCACAAUACUGGCCAACAGAUGACCGAGAGAUGCUGUUUAAGGAAACAGGAUUUAGUGUGAAACUCUUAUCUGAAGAUGUGAAGUCAUAUUAUACAGUACAUCUACUGCAGUUAGAAAAUAUCAAUAGUGGUGAAACCCGAACUAUAUCUCACUUUCAUUAUACCACCUGGCCAGAUUUUGGAGUUCCUGAGUCACCAGCUUCAUUCCUCAAUUUCUUGUUUAAAGUUAGAGAAUCUGGCUCCUUGAACCCAGACCAUGGACCUGCAGUGAUCCAUUGUAGUGCAGGCAUUGGGCGCUCUGGCACCUUCUCUCUUGUAGAUACCUGCCUUGUUCUGAUGGAAAAAGGAGAGGAUGUUAAUGUGAAACAAGUAUUACUGAAUAUGAGAAAGUAUCGCAUGGGACUUAUCCAGACACCAGACCAGCUCAGAUUCUCCUAUAUGGCUAUAAUAGAAGGAGCAAAGUACACACAAGGAGAUUCAAAUAUACAGAAACGGUGGAGAGAACUUUCUAAAGAAGAUUUGUCUCCUGUUUGUGAUCAUUCGCAGAACAGAACAAUGACUGAAAAGUACAAUGGGAAGAAAAUAGGUUCAGAAGAGGAAAAACUAACAGGACUUUCUUCUAAGAUGCAAGAUAAUGUGGAAGAGAACAAUGAGAGUAUUCUACGGAAACGUAUUCGAGAGGACAGAAAGGCUACGACAGCUCAGAAGGUGCAGCAGAUGAAACAGAGGCUAAAUGAAACUGAACGGAAAAGAAAAAGGUGGUUAUAUUGGCAACCUAUUAUCACUAGGAUGGGGUUUGUGUCAGUCAUUUUGGUUGGUGCUUUGGUUGGAUGGACACUGUUUUUUCAGUGAAAUAUCCUAUAAAUAAACAGUUUUACCCAGCACCUUUCUGCACUAGUAGCUGACAGUGCUGUAUUAAUCUCAAGGGUUUGUUAGCAAAUGCCUCAUACCCCAAAAAUGUUGCAGUAGACUAGACAUCAACCAGAUAAGGGAUAUUUACAGUCACAAGCCCAACAUCUCAGGACUCAGCACUGCAGGUUCUUCUGAGACCUAAACUGUCAAUGACUCAAAAUAAAGACAAAACAUCCUUGUUGAAAUUGUUACAUCUUACAGCUGUGUUCACACAUCGAGCAUCAUGUUUCACUGACAGUAUCGAGAAAUCCUUUAUCACAAGGAUUGGCUUUUGAAGGCUUUCUGGAUUCUAACCUGCACUUGAUAUAAGCAAUAAACAUUGUGGUUUUUUUUUUUUCUACAUUAUUAAUGGAAAGAAAAUGAUGUGUGUAAUAUGUAAUGUACUGUUGGAAUGGGCAUUACAACUUUAUAUGCUUAACCAUUUUAGGGUAAAUAUAUUUUAUAAGUACCUAUUUAAUCUUACUUUUUAUAGUUAAAUGUACUUUAAAAGCUCAAUUUGAAAAUCUGUUACCGUAGAAAAAUAAAUUGUAUGUUGACUCAGUUGUAUACUGGAUACAUUUUCCCUUUCCUAGGCAGACAUUCAUAGAGGCAGUUGAAACUGAGCAAGCUAUUUCUACUACACAUUUUUUUAUUUCUUUUGUAUUUUAUGGUUUAUUUUAAAAAGAAAACAGACAAAAAAUUUUUAAGCAUGUCAUUGAAGGAAAAUUCUCCUUUUUGAGAUAGUCAAUUGACAGUUGGUCAAGACUUAGUUUUAAAAAAAAAAAUCAAAAAGUUGUUUUCUGCAGGAUGUGAUGGCACGCAUGGUGCUCAGGCAGCUAAGGCGAGAGGCUCCAAAGUUUGAAGCCAGCCAGGAUUGUAAAUAUUUAAAGUAGGUUUCUGUCUUUAAAAAUAAAAGUAAAAAAGGAGGCAGUGGAGGGGAGGUCAGAAAACAAGAAGUCUUAGCACUUGGGAGAUAUGGGUAGAAGGACCACAGGUUCAAGGCCAGCCAGGAUUGCAAGAAACGCUGUCUCAAAAAACUGAAGUGGUUAGCAGAAAAGAAAUUGAUAUCUGUAAAGUAAAGCCCAUGCAUGACUUACACUGUUUUUUUUUUUUUUCCUUUUUUGUGAAAAUAUUAAUGUAAUUACCCGAACCGGGUAACUUAUGAUUAGUAAGGAAAAGGAGCCAGUGUUUUAUAUUUAAUGAUUUCAGCUCAUUAGACUGAAAUUUUGAAGUAAAAAAUUCAAGUUCUUUCUAAGUUCAAUAAAUAGUAUGUUGGUGUACAAACUUACAUUGUCCCUUACCUUUGUAAUGAGUAUUUGUAAAGCGUGUAACCACAACCACUAAUAGGGUUUGGUGGUUUCAAAGACUCUGCUUUGGAUUUUGGGAACAUCACCCAGGUGGUCAAAGGUUCCAAACCACUAGGACAGGACCUCUCCUUUGUCUCUUAUAUAUCAUGUAAGGUUGCAUUAUAAGGCUUAAUUACUUUAAAUGAAACAGUUAAUUUAAUGCAGUUUGAAAACCAUAGGUUUAGCUAGGAAUUGUGAAUGGCCUUGAGAAGCAGUCUUGAAUGUGAUAACCCCACUGAAAGUCUGAGAGUGGGCUAUAAGUGGGAUUGCAUAGUAAUAAAUAAGGUUAUGUAAUACAUUCCUGAGUCCUGAUUCAGUAUUACUAUGUCCUGUAACUUUGAAAUGGAGAGCAGGUAAGCAGGAUAUUUAAACAGCAAGACUCUUACACUUUAGAAUUAGAUGGUUAUUGGUUUUUGAGCCUUUUUUAAUUAUUGGGCUUGUUUUUUUCCAAAAUGCAGUAUGUUAGUCUACUAGGCCUUAUUAAGAUUCCAGUUAUAGCAGGACAAGGUGAUGCACACCUUUAAUCCCAGCGCUGAGGAGGCCAAGUCACCCACCCAGAUCCCUGUGAACUCCAGGCUCUCCUGGUCUACAUAGCAAGUUCCAAGCCAGCCAGGGAUACACACUGAGACCCUGUCUGGAAAGAAUGCAAUCCAAUUAAGAUAGCCUCAGCUUCUCCCCAGCGCCUCCCAGGAAGGCUAUGCCUUCUAGAGAUAGCAUUGAGUGCUGCUCUUUUUGCUUCUGAGAACACAUUGGGUGUAGUGAUUCCUCCGUGCCUUUUGGCAGGGCUUGUAUCCUUAAGGAUGGGUUUAACCGCAGCAGCUUUAAUAUUUUUGUGCUGCUUACUCAAUAUCCAUAGCAUUUGGUUACAGUGCCCAUGGGCAUCAUCCUGGCCUGUUUGAAGUGAACUGUGCUGCUGAGACACCAUACAAUCUUGGGUGCUAGCCAGAGAAGGGAAAUCAGUCUCUGCUUCUGCAUCUUUAACCA